GAAGUAGACAAGCCUUGGAUUAGUCUGCAGAGAGCGCAGGAGAACAGUCCAGCACGCCUUCCAGCUCAGACGCGCAGCGCAAUGGCCAAAUGGCUGACGGGAUGUUGCACUGCGUUCAUUCUGAUUUGCGCCGUGGCUUUUGUGAUCCUGUGCAUCGUCACCCUUCACGAUGCUGGCUGCUCCAGCUUCAAACAUGCGGCUGUAGCUGCAGACUCGCAACUUUGUUCCGAGAUUGGCAAGAAAAUCCUUCAGAAGGGCGGCUCAGCAGUAGAUGGCGCCAUUGCAGCUCUCCUGUGCACGUCUGUGGUCAAUCCUCAGAGCAUGGGAAUUGGAGGAGGCUCUAUAGUGAUUGUGAGAAAUAAAACAGGUAAUGUUAAGGUCUACAACUUCAGGGAGUCGGUCCCUCACUCAUUCAAAGAUAAUCUGCUAAAUGACUGUCCUACUACAUUUGGAUUGUCCACAGGUAGUCAGUGGAUUGGUGUCCCAGGAGAGUUGAAGGGCUACGAGCGCCUCCACAGAGAGUACGGGAAGCUGCAAUGGGCUCAGCUGUUUGAGCCAACCAUCAAACUGGCCAGAGAUGGGAUUCCCAUGCCAACAUACUUGGCAGAAUUCAUGAGAAACAACUUUGUAAAGAUGCAUGUGGAAAGGUCAUCCCUGUGUGAAGUGCUCUGCCACGAAAACAAAACAGUCCUGGGCAGAGGGGACACCCUACGCUUUCCUAAACUUGCAGAAACCCUGGAAACAAUUUCAAAGAAGGGUGCAGAAGCCUUUUACACUGGCAGGAUAGGACUUGACCUAAUCCAAGACAUUAAAGAAGCAGGUGGAACAUUAACAAUGAAAGACUUGGAAUCUUACGAAGUUAAGGAGGGCAGUCCAUGGACGGUUUCUCUGGGGACUCAUCGGAUGCACAUCGCUCCCCCACCUGCUGGAGGAGCACUGCUAGCUUUCAUUCUCAGAAUUAUGCAAGGGUUCUCGCUGAGCUCAGACUCUCUUGAUGUUAAAGCGAAGGUUCAGAUGUACCAUCAUUACAUAGAAGCAGCUAAAUUUGCUAAUGGACAAAAGAGGAACAUUCGAGAUCCUGCUUUCAGUAAUAGCGAGACUGCCAAAAACCUGAUUGAUUCAACCUUCAUCGAUCAUAUCAGAGGGAUGAUAUCAUCUAGUAGGACCCAUAAUAACUCCUAUUACUUCAACGUCAAACCUCCAAAGGAUAAUUUUGGAACAACACACGUUUCUGUGCUGGAUAAGGAUGGACUCGCAGUCUCAGCCACCAGCACCAUAAACCAGCUGUUUGGAGGAGCUGUUUACUCUCCCAAAACAGGAAUCAUCCUCAACAAUGAGCUUGCCGACUUUUGUGGAAGAGUAAAUACUAUACAUCCAGGUGAACAGCCACCUUCUUCAAUGACUCCUGUUAUAAUAGAGAAAGGCUCUGGUGGGAUCCUUGUGAUGGGAGGAUCAGGAGGAAGCUUGAUCACCUCAUCAAUGGCCUUGUCUCUAAUCAACCGCCUGUGGCUGGGGAUGAGCUUAAAGGAGUCAAUUGAUGCUCCCAUAAUCUUCAUUGACUCAGAGAAUGUUGUGAAUUUUGAACGAAGAUUUAAUGAGUCUGUGAAAGAGGGCCUCAAAGCUCUUGGACACCGAGUUGGGUCUUGGCCAUACUUUUUAAACGUGGUCAAUGCCUUGGAAAAGGAGGACGGUUGUAUAGAGGCCGUGUCGGACCAAAGGAAGAUGGGAAAAUCAGCAGGAUACUGAUCAUGAUGAUAUUGAGUAACUUUACAUGAACAUCUUUUCUUAGACUUAUUAAACCUUUAUGCUAGGGGCCCGUGAUAAUGAUGCAGCUCAAAAACAAAAUGUGAAUGAGUUAGUUUUAUUUUUGUUUAACUUUCUUUUUGUAUGUAUAUUUUAAAAAGUAAUUGAAUGUAGGCAAACAUCCAUGUAUUGUAAUACUAUAGUAUAUAAUAGUAAACGUAAAGGCAGUGGAGCUGAUUCUUUACCUAACUGCAAAUUUUAUUUUUUUCCAAAUGAAGUCAGAGGAAGAUAAUAAUAAUGUAACUUCACUCUCAUUUAUCCAACACCUUCAUCUUUGUGUUUAUUUGUUUUGACAUAGAUGUAUGCUCAUAUAGCAACAACACUGUGAACACGUUUUUUACUUAAUUUCUAUCUGUAAGCUUGCGAAAUGACAAACUUCUUUGUGAAUUAUUCAAAGCAUUUUUGACCAAUGGUUGUCCAGCCUUUUUGGAUAUAUUUUGAAGGUUUGGGUCACAUGCAGACUCCUUCUUUCACCCAUUUUCCUGCCUAUUGAAGUUCAGGUCUACACCCUUACUGUAUUGUAUUUAGAGCUGUUAAGCAAUGUCUGAAAGUCAUUUCUUUCAGGAAAAAAUGGAAAAUACCAAGCGAAGCAUUGACACAGAACCUGAUGUAUUGCGGUUUAGUUGAUUAACUCAAUCUAAAGACCUAUACAUAUGAAAGAACAGAGAAGGAUUUUAUUUACCACAAAGCUGCAAGAGUAAAAGUUCCUUCAGGAAGGACAUUUCAUACUUCAGUCUUUACUCUGCAAAAUGAGCUAAAAUAAGUAAAAAAUGUGUAUUUACCCUUAAUUUGAGUAAGUUCCAUUGGCAGUGUCUCAAUUCAAGAAAAAAAUGCAUUUACUUUAAGAAUUGUUUUUCAUUGUAUAGGUCUCUUACCAUGCAGCUUUUUUUUUUUUUUUUUUUUUUUUUUAAACUUAAGACUUCUUUUACAUUGGUGACCUAGCAUACCACUAUCAUCUUUCAUGGGGACCACUAUAAAAAAGUUGCUCGCAGAAUAAACUUUUAAAAAUGAGCUAAAAGAACAUACUGAGGUUUUGCUCAUGGAUUCUGACAUAUUUCUGUUUUUAAGGAGUAGCCUUAAUGGUAUUUUCAUGGAUGUAACUAAAGAAAGGACUGUGUUUUUGUUACCGAUAGCUAGAAACAAUGUUCAUGAGGAAACCCUUUUAGUUUUGCAAAAUGUAGCAGCAUUUUUUUUUUAAGAAGAGCCAAAAACUGGUCUGUAAAUGAACGAAAAAGCAGCUAAAGUUAAAAAAAAAAAAAAAACUCAGAAAGUUCUCUACACAGCCCAAAUAAAGACCACUCUAAAAUACUACAAGGACUUUCAGCUCUGGUAAAGGAAAUUUCACAGGAGCCAUGAAGGAUGGUUCCAGAUUUUAGCACAAUAAUGCAUUGGUAUUUAGACAGCAAAACAGAGAUAAUGUUUUAUGAACUGUUAUUUGUGUUCACACCAUGGUGAUUGUUUUUUAAGACUGACUUUGCAAACAGUCAGCUUUUAUCAUGUUGCACUGUUGACAUGCUGGAUGUCGGACUCUUAGGCAUAGCAAUGUACUGAAUGUUCUAAUUUCUGACUGAACUUUUUUGAUUUUAUUUGUUAUUCAUAGGGCAUAACCACUAUAUAUGAGCCAUUUAAAAAGGAAAUCCUGAUGCAGAAAAAAACAUUUACUGUGGCCUUUUUUAUUAUAAUGACUGUAAGACUGCCUUAAAAUUCCAAUUAAUGUUUUUAACUCAGUGUGUUGUAAAAAAAAAAAUGUUUUAACAAACUCAUUUUUUUUACCUUGUGUUGUUUGUUUAAUUAAUUUUAUCUACUUGUGUUCCUGACUGUUCACUGUUUAUUCUCUAGUUUUUACAAUAAAAACUUUCCUUUGAA